AGAGCCGCCGUCACGCGCCCGCCCGAAAGCUCCCGUCCUGCCAGGGCGCUGCCCCGGGUUGGUCCCCACUGCGGUCGGGACCCCCGCCUGUCCUGGCGCCGCCAUGGACCGCAUCGAGGGAGCGUCCGUGGGCCGCUGCGCCGCCUCACCCUACCUGCGGCCGCUCACGCUGCAUUACCGCCAGAACGGUGCCCAGAAGUCCUGGGACUUCAUGAAGACGCAUGACAGCGUGACCGUUCUCUUAUUCAAUUCUUCUCGGAGGAGUCUGGUGUUGGUGAAGCAGUUCCGGCCAGCUGUGUAUGCGGGCGAGGUGGAGCGCCACUUCCCAGGGUCCCUAGCAGCUGUAGACCAGGACAGGCCCCGGGAGCUGCAGCCAGCCCUGCCCGGCUCAGCGGGGGUGACAGUUGAGCUGUGUGCCGGCCUUGUGGACCAGCCUGGGCUCUCGCUGGAGGAAGUGGCUUGCAAGGAGGCUUGGGAGGAGUGUGGCUACCACUUGGCCCCGUCUGAUCUGCGCCGGGUCGCCACAUACUGGACAAGAUGUUGGGAUGAAGCCCAUCCACUUCCCCAGGGACACUACGAUGGGCUCCUGACUCCAGCUGAGGUCUUGGGGAAGGAGGAGGGUGUCACAGAGUCCCCCCAGCCCCACCAGCUGAGCACCAGCCUCCACAACCUCCUCCAGAGGCUAGGGCCCACUCCACUGGGAGAAGCACCAGAAGUCUCUGAGCCUGUCAGCCCGGCACAUGGGCCACUCAGGGUUGAACCUGCGGCCCUCCCGCCUCAGCAGCCUCAAGGACUUCACCUGGGUGUGUUCCUGCCUGGGUCUGGAGUGGGACUGACUGGCUCCAGACAGACCAUGUUCUACACAGAGGUGACAGACGCCCAGCGUAGUGGUCCAGGUGGGGGCCUGGCAGAGGAAGGUGAGCUCAUUGAGGUGGUGCACCUGCCGCUGGAAGGCGCCCAGGCCUUUGCAGACAACCCGGACAUCCCGAAGACCCUCGGCGUCAUCUUUGGUGUCUCGUGGUUCCUCAGCCAGGUGGCCCCCAACCUGGAUCUCCAGUGAGAUCCAGGGUUCUAGACAGAGGCCAGUCUUGGCCACUUACCCUACACUCUGCAGACCCAAUAAAGGCUUACAUAGCUCCA